CGCGGGGGAAAUGGAUGCUCUGCAGGUCCGCGGGCGCCGGGGGCGGGGAAAGCACUCGCUCGGCUGCGCGCUGGCCCCGCCCGGGACCCGGCCCGAGCGCGGGGCCGCCCCCUUCCUCCUUCGCUGGCGCUGGGCUGAGCCCCGAGCCGAGAAACGGAGUCGGCCCUGAGCUCCCAGUUUGGUUUUUGGGUGGUGGCAGCCUGAGGAGGAACAUGGCGCUCGUAGGCAACGGAGCAGAGCUGGAGGCGGACGAGGACAUCUUUGAAGAUGCAAUGGAAACCAUCUCUAUGUUUUCUCGCACAGAUAUGGCAACAAGCAGCCGUCCCUUUGCAUCCUUUGAUACAAAACGGGCCUCUGGACGGCUCGGAUCGUCUAAUGUGAGCAGGUCAACAUCAAACAAGGUGGAUCUCAAGUGUGGCCUAGAAGAAUGUGCGGUGGCAUUGAACUUAUUUCUAAGUAACAAAUUUACAGAUGCCUUAGAAUUGCUUCGACCGUGGGCUAAGGAGAGUAUGUACCAUGCCUUGGGCUACAGUACUAUUGUGGUGUUGCAGGCGGUCAUGACCUUCGAGCAACAGGACAUCCAAAACGGCAUUUCUGCCAUGAAGGACGCAUUACAAACCUGCCAAAAAUACAGGAAAAAAUGCACGGUUGUAGAAUCUUUCUCAAGUCUUCUUUCUAGAGGAUCACUGGAACAGCUGACUGAAGAGGAAAUGCAUGCCGAAAUCUGUUAUGCCGAGUGUCUCCUACAGAAAGCAGCACUCACGUUUGUGCAGGAUGAAAAUAUGAUCAACUUCAUCAAAGGUGGACUCAAAAUUAGGACAAGUUACCAAAUAUAUAAAGAAUGUCUUUCUAUCCUGCAUGUAAUUCAGAAGAACAAAGUUGAACAGCAGUUCUUCUAUGAGUUUGAAGGGGGUGUCAAGCUUGGAAUAGGUGCCUUUAACUUGAUGCUCUCCCUUUUACCAGCACGGAUUAUCAGACUACUAGAAUUUAUAGGAUUUUCAGGAAACAGGGAGUUGGGCCUCCUGCAGUUACAGGAAGGUGCAUCCGGAAGAAGCCUGAGGUCUCCACUAUGCUGCUUAACUAUACUAGCUUUUCAUACUUACAUCUCCCUCAUCCUUGGUACAGGAGAAGUGAAUGUUGUGGAAGCAGAGAGUCUCCUUGCACCCUUCCUCCAGCAGUUUCCAAACGGCUCCCUCAUGUUGUUUUAUCAUGCCCGGAUAGAGCUGCUGAAAGGGAAUGUGGAAGAGGCACAAGAGAUAUUUCGAAAAUGCAUUUCAGUUCAAGAAGAAUGGAAACAGUUUCACCAUCUCUGUUACUGGGAGCUGAUGUGGAUUUAUGUAUUCCAACAAAACUGGAUGGAGGCAUAUUAUUAUUCCGACCUGCUUUGCAAAGAAAGUAAAUGGUCCAAGGCAACAUAUGUGUUCUUGAAAGCUGCAAUUUUGAGUAUGCUUCCAGAGGAGGAUGUAGUAACAACUAAAGAGGAUAUAGUGACUUUAUUCAGACAGGUGGAUAGUUUGAAGCAGAGAAUUGCAGGGAAAUCUAUCCCUACUGAGAAGUUUGCUGUAAGGAAGUCUCGUCGUUACUCUGCCUCGUUGCCUGCACCCGUGAAGCUCAUCGUGCCUGCCCUGGAAAUGAUGUAUGUCUGGAAUGGUUUUCCAAUAGUGAGCAAGAGAAGAGACCUUUCCGAAAAUCUGUUGGUCACUGUCGAAAAGGCUGAGGCUGCUUUACAAAAUGAAAACAUAAGCGACUACUCCGUGGACGACGACUGCUUAGUGAAGCUGCUGAAGGGCUGUUGCCUGAAGAACCUACAGCGGCCCCUGCAGGCCGAACUGUGCUUCAAUCACGUCAUCCAAAGUGAAAAGCUACUGAAGUAUGAUCACUAUCUAGUGCCAUUUACUCUGUUUGAGUUGGCCUUUUUGUACAAAAGCCAAGGGGAAAUUGACAAGGCCAUAAAGACCCUAGAAACUGCAAGAAACAACUACAAAGAUUACUCCAUGGAGUCCAGGCUACACUUCCGAAUUCAGGCAGCUCUUCACCUCUGGAAAAAAACUUCCUCUGAUUGAUCAGAACACGAAGGAUGGAGUUUCCCCUCAGUUAGCACUGACAUAUGCUCUAGAUUAGACCUUGUAUUAAAGUGGAAAAGUGAUCUUGUGAAUGAGAGACAAAAAACUAAUUUUAUUGUCAAUAUUUUUUAUCAUCUGUAUGGUUUACUGUUGGUCUGCAUAAAUGUUUUUUUUUCCUAUGAAACGAUGUUCAAUGUUCAGUACUGUCUAGAAAAUUCUUAUAUUUUGCCUCUCCAAAAAGAAUUUCAUAUUAGAUUUGAAUUGGAGAGUAAAGAAGUCUUUUAAAGGACUCACAGGUACAAUAAAGUCUGAUUAGAUUAUUUAUUUUUUUAAUGUGGAAAUUUAUGUUUAAGUAGCAAAGCGCUGAUAAGUUGAGCCAUUUUUAGAUUUGUUGGUCAGAGAUAUUUUGUUGCCUAGUAUUUAAAUUUAAGAGGGGAAAUAAAAAUCACCUACAUUCAAAAUAGAUUAACAAUAACCUGAAGUCUCCUGAACAAGACAGGCAGUGGGUGUGAAUAGGGAGGGAUAGGAUAGUGUCCUUAAUGGGUUGAAGGGAACUGUAUCUAGAAAAGAUGGUGAAAUAUUAGGUUUUGGGGUUUUUUUAUUCUUCAUGUAAGUUAAAGGUGGUGACAUUUUUGAGUGACUAUCCUUUUUUUGAAUGUACUUAAAUCUAUUAUAACAACAAAAUUCAAAAAACUCUGUCUAAAGGGAAGAAAAAGUCAUAUUUUAGGAAUUAUCCUCAACCUUAGCCAUGAGAGUCUAAAAUACAUACGUUGAUUAUUUUUUCUAUAGGAAGCAAAGUUUCUGCUGCUUUAAAUGGUAUGUAAAAUAUCAAUAAUUUUUAUACUCAUGAUGUUGGUGAGUAAGAUCUAAUUUUCUAAUCUAUCUAGCACUGUGAUGGUUCCUUGUAAAUAUCUGGACCACGCUUUGUCCUUUAUCUGGGAAACACAAUCAGGGCAGAAUGCGGGGGAGAGCCUGGCUCUGGUACUGCUUAGCAGUCACUGAGGUGACCUUUAGGGAGCCCCCUGCCCUCUGCAUCAGCAUAUUUUCCUCAUCUGUGAAAUGGAAAAAGAACAGAUGAAUUUUCAAGGUCUCUUUUGGUUUUGUAACUGUGAGUCUGUGUAUUAGGCAUUUUCAUAAAUGUAUACUGUUUAUCUCAAGCUGUUA